GUGACAGAUGAUGUGGGUAUUGAGAAACAAAUGGGAUUUGAUUUCAUGAAGGAACCGGGCUGGUUGUGGCCCCUUUCCUUCCGCUUUGCUGUGUGAGAGCCCAGCACCCUGCUAAGCUAAGCCCAGUCCAGCUGAGUCCAACGGAGCUGAAUGCAGCUGAGCAAAGCUCAGCCAUCAGGGAGCAGAACGUGGAAUAUCCAUGGCUCGAGUGACACAGGAACUGCCUCUCAUGUGCCUGAUGCUGCUCCUUCUCUGCAGAGACCUGGGUGUGGGUGCCCAGGGGGGUCAGGACUUCAGUCUGCAGCAGCCCCAGGACAAGGUGAUGGUGACAGCAGGGGAGACGCUCACCCUGAACUGCACCACGUCUGGAAUCGCUGGACCGGGUCCUGUGAAGUGGCUGAAGGGCUGGGGCAGUGGGAAGAAGACCAUCUAUGACCAGAAAGGGGACUCCUUACCCAGUGUGACAAGAGCAGUGGUUGAGUCCAACACAGACUUCACCAUCCACAUCAGGAAUGUUCAGCCUGAGGACAUGGGCACCUACUACUGUGUGAAGUAUGUCAAGAAAGACAUUAAUGUGGAUGAGGUGUCUCACCGUGGCAGGGGCACUGAGGUGUCUGUGCAAGCCAAACCCAGCCCCCCACUCGUGUCUGGGCCCAGGCAGAGAGCGAGGCCAGGGCAGUCGGUGCCUUUUGUCUGCAGGACCAGAGGGUUCUUUCCCGAAAAGAUUGGGGUGAAAUGGUUCAAGAACAUGGACCCCAUGGUGGCUCAGGUGCCCCAGGUCGCCGAAUGGAGGAUGAAAACCUACAACAUGUCCAGCACAGUGAUGGUGACCCUGCAGAAGGAUGAUGUCCGCUCACAGCUCAUCUGUGAGGUGCAGCACUCCACGCUGCCGGUGCCGCUGCGUGGGAGGUUCCAGCUCAGCAGUGUCCUGUAAGUUCCCCCCAGCGUGGAAGUGCGCGCUGAGCCGAGCCCCGUUGAGGUGAACAACACCGUGGUCUUCACCUGCCUCGUGAAGGAGUUUUACCCAGCAAAGGUGUCCGUUUCCUGGCUGGAGAAUGGGAUGGAGAUAAAGGCAGAGAACGUCUCCCGGCUAUCUGAGCUCCCCCAGGGCUUGUUUGAGCUGAGGAGCCAGGUGGAGGUGCAAGCGAUGGAGGAGAAAAAUGGGUCCACGAUCACCUGCAUGGUGGUGCACGAUGCCCAGGCCCCUGCCAACUACUCAGCCGUCCUGUGGAUCUCCAACACGGCCCAGGAUGUGUCCCACAUGAAUAAGGGUGUAAAUUUUGUGUCCAGCCUCCUCCUCCUCUGGCUUGGUAUCCUGCUGGAGAAGGGGCUCCUUGGUGGGCUCCUCUUCUUCCUCUUCAAGCGCAUGAAGAGAUAAGCACUGGAGAUGUUGCCCUAUCCUGCUCCACCUCAGUCCCUGGCUCCUUGAGCUGGGCGUCAGGGCUUGGCCACUGCCAGCGGUGACAUAUGAACCUGGAAAUAAACGAACAAGGAUGCA